UUGUUCCGUUUGGCGAACUCGGACUAGUCGUAACCGUGGUGCCAUGUCAAUUGUGAGGCGUGUAUGGCAGCGAAUAUUCAAGCCAGCAUAUUUCGUUGGAAAAGACAUGGAAGGGAACAAAUACUUUGAGCAUCCAAACGCGAACAAUGGACGUUCCAAACGAACAGUGAAGUACAGGGAAAAUGAAGACAUGUGGGCGUACAUUGCUAGCGACAAGCGCCUCCCAGUGCAAUGGUCAGCAUGGCUGACGCAUACUAGGCCGGAUCCGCCGAGCAUUGAGGAAUUACAAGCGGAUCUAGCACGUCAACAACGGGUUAAGUUGAAUGCAGCUAUUCUAGAAGCGAAGGACGAAGCGGAAAGAGUUAAUAGGGAGCAACUAGAUACACCCAGCCACCACCCUGAAAUUGAGACACGGUCUCCGUCGGUCUUGCGGAACGUGCCUAGGGAUCAAAGACUGGAACCUCCAGAAUCCGAUCAACGACCAAAAGCGCAAACACGGGAUCCUUGGGCAGAGGCAUUGAAAGGCUCCGAUGAACCUCGAUCAUGGACGCCUAUGGCUCGGAAAAGAUAACACGCUUGUUUUUGGUAUAUGAUAUUAAUUUCAACCGAACCAGAUUCACGUUGCCUGCUCUGCCUCGUUCUUGUUUUAUUUUCUAGCGGUCGAACCAGGACUUUUUAUAUCACGCGUUCCUCAGAGCCUGUUGUACGCAAAGUUCAAGUAUGUCAUAUCACAGGGAGAAGCAUGCUCCUGCUGUGAAGUUCACCUGGACCUUUCUAUCUACAUGCAUGAUUCUAUCAUCAAAAGCACAACGCAAGUUCAGAGCUGAAAAAUCCGCCUGUUGUCCUGUCUUUUAGGCGGAGGAAAUCCACAUUUUGGUGUGUGCGCUUUC